AGGAGCAUUUCCAGGAAAAGAAAACCAAACCGUCUGUGACUAUGGAAUACCCUAGGAGGGAGCAGGCAACAUGAGAGGCAGGUUCUCUGGGGGUCACCUAGGCAGGACACAGGGCGAUGGGCUUUGCAGGGACAAAGAGGGCCUGGGACAACUAGACAAGAUUUGAAGUUGUCCUGUGUGAGGAAUUUCCACAGAAAAAGAGGAGGCUUCAGGGCCUCUGGCUUGUCUGGCCUCUCCUAGGUGUAUGCAGCUGUGAACUCUGGGAACCAGCGGCCUUGCCCAUCGCUGGGGACAGAACUCCGCAGGGACCCCACCAUCAGGACCUUGACUGGGUGCUGUGGAUAGCAGCACACUGCCUAGGGCAGCUAGGGGUGAAUGCAAAUACAAUCAACACUAGAGAAACUGCCCAGGAGUCUCCCUGAAGUCUCGGCUGGAGCUGAAGCAGGAGUCUUGCAUCAAACCUGAGGAGCCAAGUAGGAAACAUACCUGGUGGGUCCUGCCCUUUUCUGCCCCCUGCAUUGCUGGGGAUAAGGGUGACUUUGACAUUCACUCAAGACACCGGGAAGUACAUCUGGCCUGCGUUCCAAGUGUGGGUCUUUCCAGAAGGAGCAGCCCUAUACCUGAGGGUCCUGACCUUCACCCAGGAAGUGGGUGACCUCCAGGAAAGGCCAGCAACACCUGCCUACAUUCACCCUUCUGAAGCAGGUAACGAAUAACACUUACUAGCCGAGUCAGAAGACGAUUAAGUGGGACGAGGCGCCCGCAGGCAUGAGCCGCACAGCCGCACGGCCACCAGACCUCCCGCCACACUGUUAAGCAGCAAGAAGGAAGAAUUCCCUGAGGAACCACCUCCUCAGGCAUCUUCCAAGCCCAGAGAGCCCGCAGUGCAGGAGCUGAGAGCACACACAGAGCAUCACAUGCGAAAAGCCAGAGAUCCCUGGGAGGAGGCUCGUCUGCUGAGCAACAUGGCAGAAGAUGUGGCAUCUCCUCGCACUCCACUCUCUGCCUCCUUCAUGUCACAUCACAGGGACUACAGCUCCUCAUCUGAGUUCAUCAGCAAGCUUAAGAAGGCCGUGAGAGAUGGGAAUUUGCUGCAAGUGACUUUUCUGGUCAGGGAGGUGAUGGAGACGGUGUCUAGAGCUCAGGUGAGCAUCGCUGUGACAGGGGACUCUGGCAAUGGAAUGUCGUCCUUCAUCAAUGCUCUUCGAGAGAUCGGACAUGAGGAGGCGGCCUCGGCCCCCACCGGGGUGGUGCGGACCACGCUGAGGCCGGCCAUGUACACCUCCCCCACCUUCCCCAGUGUGUCCUUCUGGGACCUCCCAGGCAUGGGGGCCUCGGACCAGAGCCUCAACAACUAUCUGGGGGAGCUGCAGAUCGGCUACUAUGACUUCUUCCUCCUCAUCACGUCUGAGCAGUUCAGCAUGCAUCACGUAAGGCUUGCCAAAGCCAUCCAGGAGUCUGGAAAGCGCUUCUACAUCAUCUGGACCAAGGUGGACAGGGACCUCAGCACCACGCCCCUCUCCAAGAUUCUCCUCCUACGGAACAUCCGAGAGAAUAUCCUGGAGAAUCUCCAGCAGGGGCGGGUGCAAGAGCCCCCCAUCUUCAUGGUCUCCAGCCUGGACCCUUCCUUGCAUGACUUCCCAAGCCUGAGGAAGAAGCUGGAGGAGGACAUCUGCUGCCUCAGGUGCCACAGGCUGCAGGAGGGCUUCUUCCAGAUCUGUGAGGAGGCCCUUAGUGAGAAAGAGGACUCCCUGAAGGCAAAAAUGAACAAUUUCUCAAAAUACUUGCAGGACACGCUUGGCGUGGGGGACACCUACAACCCGGAGCAGUGUCUGAGGGCCUACCGCCUGCAGUUCGGCAUGCACGAAGAGUCUCUGAGGCAGGUGGCCUUGAACACAGGCAGGGAGUUGUCAGAAUACAGUGACACUCUGACGUGCAGGAACUGGGACAGCCUCCGAAGAGCCAACUUCUGCCUGUGGCUCCAGACUUUCUGUGUGGUCAGGGCCCUGCUCUUCCUGCUGCGGUGCAUCCCCCGUGUGGGCUUCCCCGUCUACUGCUACUUUGAGCGCCUGAAGCACACACGCAUAGUGAGCUUGGUCACCCAGAACACCAUGGCCACCAUAAGGAAAAUCUGGGACUAUGUCACAUGUCCAGCCUGAGCCAGGGAGGCGUGCACAGCCUCCUCACCCCUGUGGAGGUUAGGCUGCCCCUUCCUCUUCCCCACCCUGCAUAGAGUCAGGAAGUGUAAACUGCCUUCUGUGAACAGCGAUCCUAAGGCUACACAAAAUUCUGAAAGGAAUUUUAAGAAAGUAUUCAUUGUUCUAAUCUAAAUUUUAAUGCAUCAUUCCUUUGAGGAAAAAGUAUUUAUUGAAAUCAUUAAGCAAGUUUCCUGAGUCCGGUAGACAGAUAUUUUGCUUUCAGUUGUAAUCGUGAUAUGGACCUAAACCAGCGUGUUUUGCUCCUAAAGUAAAUCAUAGUAAAUUCUUCCUCCUUGAAA